AUGGCAGCCGGUUCGAGGAAAAGGUUGGUCGUGGUCGGCCUGGGCAUGGUCGGCAUCGCCUUCGUAGAAAAGGUCCUCAAGCUAGACGCGAGGACGCGCGAGUGGGACAUUGUAGUCAUCGGCGAGGAGGCACACCUCGCAUACAAUCGCGUGGGUCUGACCAGUUUCUUCGACCACCGGAAAGUUGAGAACCUGUACCUGAACCCACAAGACUGGUAUACCUCUCACGCGCCAGACAAUGCGCUGGGAUACCACGUCAACACACUGGUCACCAAUAUCGACUCGGAAAGCAAGAGCGUCACUUGCUCAAACGGCGAUGUCGUGCCAUACGAUGUGCUUGUCCUGGCGACCGGAUCAGAUGCCGUCCUGCCAAAACAUACACCUGGUCACGACGCCAACGGCGUCUUCGUCUACAGGAACAUAGACGACCUGCAGAGGCUCAUCGCGUUUGGAGAGCAGCAAAAGGGGACCGUCGGUGCUGUGGUCGGCGGUGGCCUGCUCGGUCUCGAGGCCGCCAAGGCCAUGAUGGAUCUCGAGUGCUUUAGGAAGAUCAAGCUGAUUGAGCGGAACCGUUGGGUUCUUAGCAGGCAGCUUGACCAGGAUGCCGGUGAGCUCGUCGUCGAGAAAGUCACGGACUUGGGCGUUGACGUCCUGCUGGACAAGCGUGUCGGCAGAGUAACGACCGACCAAGGUAACAAGGUCACGGGAGUCGUCUUCGAGGACGGCGAGCAGAUGGAGUGCUCCACAAUCUGCUUCGCCAUCGGCGUGCGGCCCCGAGACAGCCUGGCUCGAGGUGCCGGAAUCAAUUGCGCGGCUCGGGGAGGCGGUAUCAUCGUCAACGAUAAAUUAAGCACCAACAUUCCAGAUAUUUAUGCCAUUGGCGAGUGUGCCAGCUGGCAGGACCAGACUUUCGGUUUGAUCGCCCCUGGAGUCGAGAUGGCCGAUGUGCUCUCGUUCAACCUGACACAAGCCAAGCUUCACCAGCCCAGAGUGUUCAAGCGUCCGGACUUGAGCACGAAGCUCAAGCUGCUAGGUGUCGACGUCGCCAGCUUUGGUGAUUUCUUCGCAGACCGUGAUGGCCCCAGUCAACUUCCUGUUCGUGCGGCCCGAAAGAAGUCUGUAGAGCAGAGUGCUGUCAAUACGGCCGUCAAUGGACCGCCAGCACAUCCCGUCAAGGCUCUCACGUACAAGGAUCCUUUCCAGGCCGUGUACAAGAAAUAUCUCUUCACCACGGACGGCAAAUAUCUGCUCGGCGGUAUGAUGAUCGGCGACACGAGCGACUACAUCAAACUGGUGCCGCUCGUCAAGAACCAGAAGGAGCUCGAUGUGCCGCCGGCGCAGCUGAUCCUGGGCGCCAAGAAGGAAGGCGAGGACGAGGGCGACGACCUGACGGACGACACGCAGAUCUGCUCGUGCCACAACGUGACCAAGGGCGACGUGGUCGACGUUGUCAAGGACGGGACGUGCAAGACGCUGGGCGACGUCAAGGCGUGCACCAAGGCCGGCACGGGCUGCGGAGGGUGCAUGCCGCUGGUGACGACCAUCUUCAACAAGACGAUGCGGGACAUGGGCGCCGAGGUGACCAACUUCCUGUGCUCGCACUUCAGCUACUCGCGCGCCGACCUGUACAACAUCAUCAUGGUGAAGCGGCUCACGACCAUGCCGGACGUGAUGCGCGAGGCCGGCAACGACAGGGAGGCCGAGGGCUGCGAGGCCUGCAAGCCCGCCGUCGCCAGCGUCUUCGCGUCCCUCUGGAACCGCCACGUCAUGGACCGCGGCACGCACGGCCUGCAGGAGACCAACGACCGCUGGAUGGGCAACAUCCAGCGCAACGGUACCUUCUCCGUCGUCCCGCGCGUGUCGGCCGGCGAGAUCACGCCCGAGAAGCUCAUCGUCAUCGGCCAGGUGGCCAAGAAGUACGGCCUGUACACCAAGAUCACGGGCGGGCAGCGCAUCGACAUGUUCGGCGCCAAGAAGCAGGACCUGCUCGACAUCUGGAAGACCCUCAUCGACGCCGGCAUGGAGAGCGGCCACGCGUACGCCAAGUCCCUGAGGACGGUCAAGAGCUGUGUCGGCACCACGUGGUGCAGGUACGGCGUCGGCGACAGUGUGGGCAUGGCCGUGCGCCUCGAGGAGCGCUACAAGAGUAUCCGCGCCCCGCACAAGAUUAAGGGCGGUGUCUCUGGAUGUGUGCGAGAAUGUGCCGAGGCGCAAAACAAAGACUUCGGACUCAUCGCCACCGACAAGGGCUUUAACAUCUUCGUGGCGGGCAACGGCGGCGCCAAGCCCAAGCACUCGGAGCUGCUGGCCAAGGACGUGGCGCCGACCGAGGUGGUACCGAUCCUGGACCGGUACCUCAUGUUCUACAUACGGACGGCGGACAAGCUGCAGCGGACGGCGCGGUGGAUCGAGCAGCUGCCGGGAGGGCUCAAGUACCUGCAGGACGUUGUGCUGCACGACAAGCUGGGGAUCUGCGCGUCGCUCGAGGCCCAGAUGCAGGAGCUCGUCGACUCCUUCUUCGACGAGUGGGCCGAGGCCAUCAAGAGCCCGGAGAUCGCCAAGAAGUUCCGGCAGUUCGCCAACAGCGAGGACCGCGUCGAGAACACGGACCUCGAGCCCGAGCGCGGCCAGACCCGGCCCGUCAUGUGGCCCGCGGACGCGUCGGCGACCGAGGACUUCAAGGGCCUGCGGGACCGCUGGUCCUCGACGACCUGGCAGCCCGUCAUCGAGGCCUCGCACUUCGCCGGCGCCGACGCCACCCCCAACGGCGUCAGCGCCAACAUCAAGCGCGGCGACACCCAGCUCGCCCUCUGGCGCGUCCGCGGCCGCUACUACGCCACGCAGCAGAUGUGUCCGCACAAGCGCACCUUCGCGCUCAGCGAGGGCCUGAUCGGCAUGGACCCUGCCACGGGCACGCCCGCCGGCGCCGGGGCUCCCCCCUCGCCACCUCCCUCGCCGCCCGCCGGCAGCACCGCCGACGCCGCGCCCUGGGUGUCGUGCCCGUUCCACAAGCGCAACUUCGACCUGUCGUCGGGGUCGUGCAAGAACGACGGCGAGCUCUCGAUCGCGACGUUCGCGGUGGAGGAGCGGGGCGACGGGCUCGUCUACAUCAAGCUGCCGCCGGUCGAGGAGCUGGACCGGGAGCUGGGGACGAGCCGGUGGCGGGUCAAGCAGGGCGAGGCCGGGGACCCGCAGCUCGCCGAGCUCGACCGCAAGAUCGGGUUCAAGGGGCUCCGGGCCAAGAAGCCCGGCGUCAAGCCGGUCGGGGACCUGGACAUGAAGAAGCCCGUCGAGGUCUUGCCGAGCGGGUGUGGUGGGCCGUCGGGUAUCGAUUGGUAA